GCCUGCGCGCGGCGGGCGCUGAAAUUCAAAUCCCGGCAGCGGUUGGGGCGAGGUUCGGCCGCUCGCGGGCGGCCUUGGCAGAACGGACCCUGCGCGGGCACCGGUACAGCGAUGGAUCCGUUCACCGAGAAACUCCUUGAAAGAACCCGUGCCAGGCGAGAGAACCUGCAGAGGAAAAUGGCAGAGCGGCCGAAGAUGGGGGCGAGACCCACAAUGCAGACCAAGAGGGCCAGAGAGCCUUUGGCAGAAACUGGUAACCAGGCACCUCUUCCCGGUGACGAAGUAAAACCAGAUACAAAGCCAUCACCAUCAAAAAGGCUCUGUCCUGAUGAUAUGGAGACGCAAGCUUCUAGUUCAGAGAAUGUACAGCCAGUGCCUUCAAGUUCCACAACCCAUGAUUCUCCUCAGAUGACUUCAGAAUCACACGAAACUGCUUCUAACAGAGCUUCAUUGGCUCAACCUCUUGAGAAAGUAAAACAAAACACCAAGUCAGAAACUCCUGCAGCCCUUUCAGUCAAAACACGUAUGCAGAAGUUGGCAGAGCAGCGGCGCUGCUGGGAUAGUGAGGAUCCCUCUGAAUGUGUUCCUCUGUCUCCUCUCCAGUCAAAAGAUCUGUGUGUUUCGCCACCUAAGCAGACAUCCAAUGCCCUGGCAAGCGAAACCCCUAUUGGGAGGAGAGGCCGUUUAGCUAACCUUGCUGCUACCAUUGGUUCCUGGGAAGAUGACCUAAGUCAUCCAUCUGCAAAGCAAAACAAUGCACAAGAACAGCCUGGCACUACUUGUUUAUCCAAAUUGUCCACUACAAGUGGAGCAUCUGCUAGAAUCAAUAGUAGCAGUGUAAAGCAGGAAGCUGCAUCCUGUUCUCAAAGGCUUGUUGAGGCUUCUAUUAAUAAACCAGCAAACUCAAAGAGAGCGGAUCCAAACAAUUCUUUAACGCAAUCUUCAAGAGUCACUGCUCCCUGUUCUAAAGAAUCUGAAGUACAACAACGGCCAGCAGAGAAUCCCUGCAGUCCUCGGAAAGCUGAAGAGUGUACACAAACAGCCAAGUCAGCUUUGCCUCAACCAGUUCAGUCCAAAGCAGAGCCAGUCAAAGGAACACAUGUGCAACUUGAACCUAAGGGUAAACCCACAACACCAGGGGGAUCUGGAAUUAAGCCCUUCCUGGAACGCUUUGGGGAGCGCUGUCAGGAGCAUAGUGCACGCAGCCCUGCUACGAAUACUCCGAGGUGCAGAACACCCACUGUUACCCCAAAUACAAGGACAAUCCAGGAGAGGCUUCUCAAACAAAAUGAAAAUUCCUCUACUGCCAGUUUAGCGCUUCAGCUUAAACAGGAACGUGAACGGGAACUUGCAUGCCUUCGCGGCCGAUUUGAUAGGGGCAAUCUGUGGAGUGCAGAGAAAAGUGACAGUUCAAAGAGGAAGCUUCCAGAAGCUAAAAUGGAAAGCCAAUCUCAGGCCAGUCCAAAACAUCCUCCUAGUUCAGAUGCCUCUGCUCUUGGAUCUUCAGAAGACACAUCAGCAGGUGACAGGCCAGCAAAGUCUCCCAGCUUGGAGUCUUCGGAUACUUCUAAAUGUGAAGAGACUGAUAAAUCCAGUCCUCUGAAGACUGCUGAGUCAAAGAGCCCUGUAAAAGCGAUGUCUGUCUCAAAACUUAAACAACUUGAUGAAAACCCAAAAGAUGAAGUAUAUGAAGGCAAAAUGCAUGUGAAUGAUGAGAUGAAUAGCUCAAAAGUGAUAAAUGAGAUUUUUGAAAUUCUUCAAGAGGAUGGUCCAGACAUAGAAAAGCUGAAGAAAGAAAUGAGCAUGAGCCUGGAAGGUGAAAGUGAUGAGGAUGAGCAGGAAGAGUCACUGAACAUUUCAUCAAUGUCUCUGUUAACCCCUCUAGUGGAAUCUGUUGGUUCAGAGGCCUUUGGUUCUCCUUCUAAGUCAACUGGGGAAGGUAGUAGUAUCAGUGAUGUCAGUCUGAAGUCUGAGAAGUUCCAAAGGACCAGAGUUCCCAGGGCAGAAUCUGGAGACAGUAUUGGCUCUGUGUCAGAAGAUCGCAAUCUUCCUUACAGUGUUGAUGCAUACAGAUCCCAAAGAUUUAAGGAAACCGAUCGUCCUUCAAUUAAGCAAAUAAUUGUUCGCAAAGAAGAUGUGGCUUCCAGACUAGAAAUGAGAAGAAAUGGCCCAUCUGAUCAAGUCAACAUCAAAAAGAAAAUGCAGGAAUUGAACAAUGAGAUCAACAGGCAACAGACAGUAAUUUAUCAAGCCAGUCAAGCUCUGAACUGCUGUUUUGAUGAGGAACAUGGAAAAGGGUCACAAGAAGAAGCAGAAGCAGAGAGACUUCUUCUCUUUUCAACUGAGAAGAGAACUGCUUUAUUGGAAGAGUUGAAUAAACUGAAGAGUGAGGGACCACAUAAUAAAAGAAAUAAAGCUGCUUCUACAUCCGCUGAAUUUGCUCCCUCCAGGGGAUCUGUUUCCAUUUCAGAAAUGCGUCUACCUCUAAAAGCAGACUUUGUAUGUGGUACAGCUCAAAAGCCAGACGCAGGAAAUUACUACUAUGUAAUAAUACUGAGAUCUGGAGCAGAAAACAUGGUUGCAACUCCAUUAGCAAGUACUGCCAGCUCCCUGAAUGGAGAUGCUCUUACUUUUACUACGAUGUUUACUAUGCACGAUGUGUCAAAUGACUUUGAAAUAAAUAUAGAAGUUUACAGUUGGGUGCAGAGAAAAGAAGGUACAAGCACUGAUAAAAGGAAAAAGACAAAUAAAUCUAAGGUUAUUACUCCAAAGAGAUUAUUAACAUCUAUUACCUCGAAAAGUAACCUUCUUACUCCAGCCAUGGCCAGUCCAGGUGGCCCAAACGCCAUACGCAGUACGAAUUUCAUCCUUGUUGGAUCCCACAAGUUAUCACUGUCUUCUGUGGGAAAUACCAAAUUUGCACUGGACAAGGUUCCCUUUUUGUCUCCUUUGGAAGGUCAUAUAUAUCUGAAGUUGAAAUGCCAAGUGGACUCUUUGGUGGAGGAGAAAGGGUUCUUGACCAUGUUUGAAGAUGUCAGUGGAUUUGGAGCAUGGCAUAGGCGCUGGUGUGUGCUGUCUGGAAAUUGUAUCUCCUAUUGGACAUACCCAGAUGAUGAGAAAAGAAAGCAUCCUUUGGGCCGGAUAAACUUGGCUAACUGCACGAAUCAUCAGAUCGAACCUGCCAACAGGGAGUUCUGUGCCCGUCCCAACACUUUUGAACUAAUAACUGUCCGACCUCAGAGAGAAGAUGACCGAGAGACCCUUGUCAGCCAAUGCAGAGACACACUCUGUGUUACAAAGAACUGGCUGUCUGCUGAUACUAAAGAAGAACGUAACCUUUGGAUGCAAAAGCUCAACCAAGUCCUCAUCGACCUUCGCAUGUGGCAGCCUGAUGCCUGCUACAAACCUUCUGGAAAGCUUUAAACUUGGGAAGGGAACUACACAAGAAAAGAAUUUAAAUGAAAAUGUUGGAAGUCCUCUGGGUCACUUAUGCUUUAAGUUUGAGAGAGUAUUUAACAUUAUACAGGUCUAUGUUAUGCAGUAUUUUUAUUUCACUUAAAAAAUUUUAAAACCUUCUUACUUCCUAGUUUUGAGUAUGGUAGGAAGCAAUUAGCUUCUUUGAAAUGUGCUAAAUAUUUAUAUAACUCCUUUUUUGGAAGUCUUCUAGCUAGGUGCAUUCUCUUUUUUAAACAACUAAAUUAUUGCAGGAAAUCACACUUCAGGGUAGUAAGAGGGGCACUAGCUAGUGAAAGACAAGCUUUCCAGAUAACUCAGAUCCCUGAAAGAAGCAAUAGUUCAAAAUACUCUUAACAAGAAUGCUGCUGAAGCACAAUAUCUAAUGUUGUAGCAUUUGUUGGGGUUCUUUUGUAAUGAUCAGGAAUAGAAGUAACUAGUUAAUUUUAUUCUAUAACAUGCAGUAUAGAUAAUUCUGCUUGUCCAGCAUCCUUGUGGUCAGAACAAAACAUGCACAACAUAUUCAUACUACUUUUGCAAUUUCUUACACAAACUAGUGUGGAUAAGUGCGUGGCGUGUACACUAUGUGAUUUGCAGAUGUGGAAUUAAGUAUGUGGUAUAUUGCACUUUGAUAGAAAUGUAAGGUCUUGAAUAUUAUUUUUAGGACUGUUAUAUAAAAAAUAAUCAGACAGAAAAAUUUAGGUUUAUGGUUGUAUACGUCAGUAUUUCCUGGGACUUGUGGUUUUUACAAGCUAGAAUUCUCCAUUUGAGAACCAGGAAUAGGUUAAUUGGUAGUAAAAGUGCCUGUUUUUUGUUUUAUUUGAAAAUAAGACUUUACAAAGCUGCUGUGUACCAACUAAUACUCCUCUGGCUGAAAGAAUGGGUCUUCCUCCCCUUGAUAUACAUGUCCACAAAGCAUAUAAAAGCAGUACUUCAGACCCAUCAUGAAAAUGGCAACAUUUCUCAGUUAAAACUUGCAGUUCUUAUGGCUUUUCACUGAGCAUAUUGAAAUUCCAGCUCAUUACUUCACUAGGAAUGCAGUAGUGGAAAAAUUAAGGUUGCUAUUGCUGUUAUAUAUUCACACUUGAAACACUAAAUUCUGUUACCUGAUACUGUUUUCAUCCUGCCCCUUUUGUACUUGCUUUUAAAUCUCGUUUUCUUUUCUGAUAUCUUUAAAUAUUUCCAAACUAUGUAUUGAGAUUUAUUUUAUUCAUUUAAAAUAAAAAGUAAAACCUUCCCUGCUUUUUUCAUGUCAUCUAUGCAAUUUGAGAUAUUAAUUUGUAGGCUGAAGAAAAGCUGGACUCUGUACAGUGUUUAAGGAAGGAUUCUAUUCUGUACAAGUAUCCCAGAAUGCCACUUGAUAAUGUGAAGCCUUGGACAUAGCUAGCUGAAUUUUGUAGUUGGAGGCCAGAUUGUCCAUGUGCAGCAGCUCAUCAAAUAUGAAGAGGAGAGACUUAUUUUUUUUGUGACAGAGAUAUGGCAGCAGAAUAACACAACAUGGACAGUGCAAGAACAAAUUUCAGUAGUGGAUGUGUGGUAGGCUGUCUUCUUAAACUCCCAAGUGAGUGUUAAAAACCAUUAAUUUUUGAAUUAUGAAAUAAGUCCACAAAAAGGUGUUAAGAACAGAAGUGGAUGACAUUCAAGGGAACAUUUUUAUUUAGGCUAAUUGGACUACUAUCCCUUGUAGAAACCAAUCUUUCAUUGCCCAAGAAGAAGUUCUCCUCAUAAAGGAAAAGUGCUAGAGGUGGUGUUAAGUUAGAAAAGCUGACCUGUGUGGUGACUUCUGAGCACAUGGGCUCCUGCAGCCAGCAAAAACAUGGGAUGCAAGCUUAGCAGGAAACCUAUGCUUAUGGCUUUCCUAGUUGGCACUGCUGGGUGCUGCCUCCUCCCCUCCCAUGUUCCUCUGCUCUUUUGUGAUGAAAGUCUGCAACAAUGGUUACGUAGUUUUUCUAUAAUUGGAGCAGAUUCUUUGUGAAGAGGCCAGACUGUGUGAAUUCAAAUAGCUUCAGGUAGGUUUAGAUGUUCUGUACCUCAGAAUGAGUUCCUGCUGUCUGAUUUCAAGCAAAGCUUUGUAAAAACCAUUUGCAGAGUAACAUCAAGAGAACCUUCCUGUGUGCUUUGUGCUGGAUCCAGCCAGUGACAUAAUCCCUUCUGUAUUCAUUCACAUGCUCUGACUCCCCAAAAAAAGAUCUUGACAGACCAUUUCUUCUAGAACUUCAUCCUGCUAAUAAACUUUGAAUUGCAUGGAAUUAUAAUAAGCUUUCCAAGAUAAACUUUGUUUUCCCAUUUCUCUUUUCCCUGUGCAUUUUUCACCUGCAACCAGCCUAAGCACCAGGAGACAGUUAACCUAAUGGAAUAGACUAGAAUUCAUAGUUUGUCACUGCUUUAGCAUAAGUAAGCUUUUUCAGCAGCAUUUUUUAAAUAUAGGACAUGUAUUUUUAGAGUGGUAUGGGUAAGUGAUUGAUGUUUGGGGGUGCAGAUCUUCAGCUGUUUUUUGCAUUUGAAAUAAUUGAGACAUAGUGGUUGUAAAAGCUGAUGGCUUAAUAGUCCCAAAAUUCAUAUUUUUUUAAUAAAGAUAGAUAGUUAAUGUAUUAUCGGGUUUCUGCAUGCAGCUGGGUUUGGAGCUGCAGAGCUCACCUUGAGGUGCAAGGGCAUGUGCUUUGGGUGGUGUGCCUUCAGCCAGGGGCAAGCCCAUUCCUUGGUGUCCUUCAAGACCCUGUAUCCAGCAUGGAGCAGUUGUACUGGGCAAACCUUUGAGAGGCUUUGCUUUGGGAUUUGGCUGUGGAGGUUUCAGGUUGUCUUUAAAUAGAUGUUCUAAUUUUAUAAGAAACCUUUUUUUCCCCAUUGUUCAGAAAUUCAGUAAGUUCACAAGUAAGAAAGUCUGUAAGAGAAAAAUACUUUCCUCUGGGCAAUGUAGCUUAUUUUAGUUGAGGAAAUUUCAGUUUUGCUACUUAGUAAAACUUCUAAUUGGUGUUAUUAAAUCCCAACCUCAAAUGAAAUACAAUAAUUUGCAAAGAAAUCGCCUUGAAAAUUAGGCUUCCAAACAUGACUCCCUCCCCCCUUUUAAUUGCUACACUUCUGUGUGUUGGUGUAGAGAAAAUAAUCUGAUAUUCUGUAAUUAUUGCCUGUGCUGUACUUGGGCUGUAGUAAAAACAUGUGGAUGCGCUUGUUUCUGUCCUUGUGUUGUAUUUAAUGAAAGAUAAGAGUCCUGAAUAAGUAAUACAAAAAUAGGAGGUGCUUUACCUGGCCAGGGUGCAUGGAAUGUUACGUUGUUUGAAGAGAAUUUCUAGAGGACGCAAGGGGAUUUCCUUCUAACACUAAAUAGUCUUCCCCAGGUGUGCCUCUCUGGAGUUGAAACUAUUCCUUGGGAGACUGGAUAUUUUGGUAACAUCUAAAUGCCUUUAAUGAAUUGGGGCCUUAUUAACAAGUAUCAUUCAAUUAAGGAAUGUAUUCCCUUCUGGUUUCCUAAAGUAGGUGACUUGAAUAUUUACUUAAGUGUUAGCAGUCAUCCCAAAGGAAUUUCUAUCUUAAUAUCUUAAUAAAAACCCGGCAUUGACUGUACCCUAUAAAGAGGAUCAGGAUCUAGGAAAGCAGUAAUACAUGCUUCAAUCAAAAUAGUAUUAGCCAGGUCAUCCCCUGCUGGUUCAAAAUGCUGAGUGGGUGCACAUCCUACAGCCAGGCCCUAUCCUUGGGUUUGGACCACAGCCCAAGAGCUGCCUCACGUGCGACAGCCUUGUGCAAGGGCUGUGAUCAGAACAAGGAGCACAGCAACUCUACCUGAGCUUUGGGCUGUUGGGGUGUUUUAGUCAUGUCAUGUUAAUGCUUGGUAUUUACUGGAUCUUUUUCACCCAUAAUUAAUGGCACUUAAUGCUCUCUGAUCCCUCCAUCAUCAGUAAGGUUGCAA